GUCAACUCCAACUGACAUUUUUUACUUCAGAGAAGUGAUGGCUGCCCCUGUGACUUCUGGUCAUGUGAAAACGCACACUCGGACCGACCCAGUCCUCUCACAGGUUGUGGACAUAGUCACUAUGGGGAAGAAGGGAGUGUUGACACCAACUUUGCAGCCAUAUCUGGCACGGAGGAACGAGCUCUCAGUCCAAUCUGGAUGCCUAUUGUGGGGCUAUCGUGUCAUUAUUCCACCACCAUUAAGACCGAAAGUGCUGGACGAACUCCACUCAGGACACUGUGGUGUGGUGAGAAUGAAAGAAAUUGCGCGCAGCUAUUUCUGGUGGCCAGGCCUGGAUGCUGCCAUAGAGGAGAAGGCAAGGUCAUGUGCUGACUGUCAGAAAUGGAGAAAUCUUCCCCAGCUAGCCCCUGUGCAUCCUUGGGACUGGCCAGGAGACCCAUGGCACAGACUUCAUAUUGACUUUGCCGGGCCUGUGGAGAACCACAUGUUUUUAGUGGUAGUUGAUGCACACAGUAAAUGGCCAGAAGUGGUAGUGAUGAAGAAUACCUCGGCAGAAAGAACCAUUGAAGAACUUCGGUCUAUUUUCAGCCGUUUCGGAUUACCUCAGCAGCUUGUUAGCGAUAACGGCCCACAGCUAAUAUCUGAAGAGUUCAAGACAUUCAUGGAAGAGAAUGGCAUUCAGCACAUUAGAACGGCCCCGUAUCACCCAGCUACAAAUGGGCUUGCGGAAAGAUUCGUACAGACCCUGAAGCAAGCUCUCAAAUCAUCCCCGAAUACGCAAUCUCUUAACCGGCGCCUUAGUGCUUUCCUAUUGUCAUACCGAAAUACCCCUCAUGCCACCACCAAGGUAUCUCCUGCCUCAGCUCUUUUGAAUAGGCAGCUCCGCACCCGCCUGGAUCUCCUGAGGCCUAAACAGGCAAAUGAAAUUGUACACCAUAAACAAAGUGUUCAGGCAAAGAGCAGGUCUAAAGCGAGACUGCGGAGUUUCAGCGUUGGAGAUCAGGUUCUGGCCCGGAACUAUACCACCAAAGAGAAAUGGAGACGGGCAACUGUGGUGGCGAAAAGUGGUGCUGUGUCCUACACUGUUGAAACCAGCGAUCAUCGCAUCUGGAAGAGGCACAUAGAUCAACUGCUCUCCACGUCAGGUUCCAGUGAUGGCCAACUUCAGCCCACCUCCCGUGUUCCAGAGCUGGAUGAUCACGUGGAACCUCUUUCCCAAGCAGACGAACCUUCUGCUCUGAUUGCAGAGGGAGAUGCUGUUCCAGGUACACCUCCAUCAGUCCAGGUGUCUACUCAAGGCAUCACGUUACAUCCGUCGUGUCCCAUACCAGCCUUCUCCGGUGACACCAUGAGUGAUGUACCCCCUGAGCGCACUUAUCCCAAGAGAGUUAGACGCCCUCCAGAUAGACUCUCCUUGUAGUCUAGAGACUAACCCACUACGUUGGGGCAAAAUAAUCCCCAGGGUGUAGUCUGGGAAAUGAGGCAGUCUACCCUCUUUCCCUAGUUCAGGAAAAAGGUUCUGUAUGUCCCCCAAAUUGUUUAUGUGACAAAAGUUAAUAGCAUUUCUUAAUUGAAACAGUGAACUGUACUUUAAUAAGGAACUGAUUUGUAUUUGAUUUCUUUAUAAGUACUAUUAAUGUAAAGGGGGAGGGAAUUGUGGUAUAUUGGCUUUCUUAAGUUUGACCCUCUGGUGUUACCGUCACGCCCCCCUGUGGUAAUUCAUGCUUGUGUACAAUGCUGAUUCCUGGUUCGACAAUACAGUGACGCC